GAGGCGUUUUUGGACCUGGAUGAUGGGCAGCAGUCCUGUAGUGUAGUUCUACUGCCUAAUCGGGGAGUAGAGACGGGAGCAUCUGCUGUUAGGAUUGAAAUAAAGUUUCGAUUUGAAUUUGAAAAGUCUGGUCAGAGACAUAUCAUAGUCGAUCGCAAUGACGACCAUAGCACAGCACACACAGAGCACAAAGAAAUCUGGCGAGAUCGUACGCGUCGCCCGGAGCGCAUCAAAACAAACAAACAGAACUAACUUGGAGGAGAGUAUGCUUCGGCGUCAUUUGGAAAGUUAGUUUGAUAUUGAAUUAAAGGUUUUAGAGAGUAAGUACUUCUGCUAGAAGCAUAGUAACUUGUUCUUGAUGUUGUAGCUCUCCUGCUAUUUGGAGUAUCUAUUUGUACGUCAGAUGUUGAAUGGUACAAUCGUAAGGUGAAAGGUGCAAGAACUUGAAGUUUCUUCGAUGCACCUAUAGAACGAAAACCUACGUUAGUUCACGUUCUCUAAUUUCUCGGCUUCCGAGGUUCAAGUCGUUGAUGCGGCAACUUUUGAUGGCAUAGCUGCGGAAGCGCAUCGGUCUGUGGAAGGUAUCUUUCAUUAAGGGCAGCUUUUGUCCAUCAUUCUCGGCAUCUUGGUGCCCUUUUGCUUCCCUCGUAUUCUUUACCUGGGAAGAGAAGGGGACAAGAUGCGGCGACCGAGAUGAAUAGAAGCUGGCCCUAAUCUCACUGGGGACACCAAACUGGUAUAAUGCCAGUGGCUUCAGCAAUUGCGGAAUUUAUAGACCACAUGCUGCAUAUCCUGCAUCACACGCGAAGACUCAACGCGGAGGAUGAUAUUUAAGGCUGGCAUGUUUUAUUUUACGAACUGAUCUUGUUCGUCCUCAUCUCCAUCUGCGUGGUGAAGUAGUCGUAGCUGUGAAAUCAUUUUGAUGUUCUUCAUUCCCCGAUUAAGAAAUUGUCUACCUCAGCAACCGUUACUUAGAAGAUGAUUACUCCAUAUUAGCUUCUAUGUGAUAUUAAUGUCUCUUAGGAGGUGGUUACUUACGUUGAACCUUGACAGGGACACACACAUGGAAAUCUCUAACCCAUCGUAGUCGGUGUGGGUGGGAAUUGGAGACCGGACCGGGAGUGGGAGCGCUUGUUUCGUAGCGAAUUCGAGGAAUGGCGCUUCGAGGAAUUGAAAAGAUGCGCGGAAGCUUUCCGGAGAGAGGACUCUGUUGAAGAUUAUGCUGGAGUAGUUGGAGUAGUUUUUCGAUGUACUCCAAACAAGAACUAGGUGUCGUUAGAGUAGUUUUUGAAGGAGUUGUCUACUUUAGGAAUCAGGGACUUCAGGGUUAGCAGUUGUUCUCUCAUAUAUUUUAAGGAAUCGUUUGUUUCGUCUUGCCGAUAGUAAAGGAUGACGGUCUGAGACACGCUGAUGAUGGUGAAUGGAUUAUCGAGGAGUAGGCAGUGCACUUGAGGAAAGAUGUUACUUAGAUGCUCAUGCUGUUAGCUUAAGUUCAAGCUCAGCCGCAUAGAUACUUGCUUCGCCUCUAAGUCCUUAAGAAGGCAGGAGCUCCACGAGGCAGACUCAUUUCCUGCUUCACACGACGUCGUGAUAUAGAACCUCCAGAACUUGACUCACAAGAGCAUGCUUCUACGAAACAAGAACAGCAACAGCAACCGUACAAGCAAGAAGACAUGUUUGUUAUGGAUGAUGUUUUUUUCUCCCAUUUAACAGACCAUCGAGACUGCCCCUUUCCCGUGAGAGUGUAUAGGUUACAGGGGAUCCGUGAUGGUCUGGCUAGAUGGAAAAAACCCAUUCAUAUUAGUAGAAGGUCGGCAAGCAGCGGAUCGCUUUUUUGCAAAAGAGAGUAACUUGUUGCUAGACAACGAUUUCGUUUUUGCAACUGCGCCACCUGUUGUCGAUGUCAACACCGAGGAUGAUGAGAGGGGGUCCUCUUAUGGUUCACAUAUGGUAGUUCAAGUUUGUAAAAACUCACUACUAGUUCAGUGCUGAAGAUGACAUUUCGCCGAAUAAUAGAUUUUGCUCAUUGUCAGUUGAAGUGAGAUACACAUUUUGUAAUCCAACAAAUAUCCUGCUGUUUAGCUCUACUCAUCGGUAGUUGUCAGCGCUAAUUUCCCGGUCGAAUUCGCAGUCGCGGCCAAGCCGUUCGCGUGACAGAGCACGUCACUAGUAUCGCAACAGUCCCGAAUUUCGAUUGGAAGGUGAAGAAGGAUCGUAGAGGGACCGAUGAACAAGAAGCACAUAUAUGGAUGAUGUUUUUUGCAUCUAUCUUCAGACCAUUGAGGCUCCCCUUAAGACUACACGUUUUUAAGGGGAAUAAAGGGAUAGCCGUGAUGGUCUGCCUAGAAGAUGGAAUAGACACCAUUCACAGCAUACUAGUGGGGGACCAAGGGCCCAACCUAUUACGCGGAAGAGUCGUCUGGACCUCUCGCACAAAGGUCGUUGCUUUUCACUCGCCAAGCAAGCGCGAUGGCUGAGUCGCAAUAGUGUGCGUGGUGCUUGGCUUCGGGAUCUUGGGGCGGCGUUCUUUUACCGCAUGCUUUGGCGGGAAGAAGACACUUCUGCGCCUUGGUCUUUGCUGCAGGAGUUCCCCGGUGUCCGUACCAAUGCGCAAGCGUUUGCUGGCAUGCCAACAGGGUUGUUGUGGUAUUUCCGACAGUUGUAUCUCGAAUAUGCGCCAGUAUUGGAUUUUCUUUGGGCCAUAUUGUUUCGCGCGCCAGCCUACAGUGCGCGAGCAUGCUGUGUCGCACCGAAAGGUGGUUCUCCUACUACACCAGCAGGAGAGUCUAGUUCAAAUAUCACAGACGCAUCUACAAGUAAAACGACAGACACGACAAGUCCUUCUCCUACAACAACCUCCAACGACCUCCGAGGUCGUGGUGAUCGUAUUUCUUAAGGGCCGUUUACCAAAUUACAUUUACAUCAUGCACUAGUACCGUUCUUUCCUUAAUACUUCUUCUAUAUUUAUUCUAGAAACAAAGUAGCCAAGGAUGUUAUGAUGUGGAAUGUAAUUCUGCAGCCACUUCUAAAUUUCCUCAUCGUGGGGACCUCCCAAAGAUGGGCACUGCGAAGUGUCGGAUCCAGACUGGCAAGAGAACUUUUUGCGUACCUGCUGCCUCGCAGCAACAGUGAGGAGAACCGAACAUGGUAAGACACUGAAGUACUUGAAAGCAGCAGCGGAGAGACGAAGGAGGAGGCAAAGAGAGAGGAGAAAGCCCUAAAAAUUGGCAACCCGAAACAAAAUGAAAAGCUAAAACUAACCUGAUAAUCAGUAGCUUGGGUUGUUGAACUUCUGCAUUGAUGAUAUCACCUUUAUUUGCUUCGAAUAAAAAAAGCACAGCUUUUUCACUCUGAAAUGAAUCUACCUAAAAUAAAGUAAUGGAAUUGUUUUCGCGAUGAAGUAAUCUACCCAAGUAUCAAUCAAUCUUAUCCACCAAUCCGCUUCAAGAGGACUACCAACAAAAGUACUACCAAUUUUUUUGCGUAAUCGUUCAAGCCAAGACGCCAGGCAGUUGUGCGCUCGCCGGAAGCAAAAACGCUGUAAUCAAUGAAAACCGCCAAACUCUUCCACAGCUUGAUCUUCGAAUGCUGUUCUGGAAGUCUAGCGAAGGCUGUGG